AUGGGUCUAAAACUUGAAUCCAGAUGGGAACGCCGUAUCCAGACCGGCACCGUGAUGAAGUACAUGUUCAUCUUCUUGAUCAUGCCAUUCCUCUCACUCGCCAUCGUUGGUUACAUGUUGUUUUACACUCAAUUCUGGUGGACUAUGGGUUUCUAUUUCGUUUGGCUUUACUACGAUUGGAACGUUGGAGAGACUGGUGGUCGACCGAACAGUUGGUACAGAAGAUUGUACAUUUGGAAAGCAAUGGCAGACUACUUUCCAAAUGAAGUUAUUAUGACUUCGAAGAUUCCGAACGAUAAGAAUUACAUCUUUGGGUGAGUUUUUGAGGUUUUUGUUAUCUGAGAUGUUUUAAAAUUUGAUUUUUUUAAACUAUUUGUUACCUAUUUUUAAUAAUUUUCGCUUACAAUACCUUUAAACCUUUUCUAAAACUUAAAAAACAAUAAAUCUAAACAUCUAUUCCAGCUGGCACCCCCACGGAAUCAUAAGCGUCAGUGCCUUCAACAACUUCUGCACAAAUGGCACAGGCCUAGACGAGAAGAUGCCUGGAAUCCAACGCUACAUGGCGUCAUUAUCGUCCCAGUUUUACUAUCCUUUCAGACGAGAGAUUGUCACAGCAUUAGGCGUCGUAUCUUCAUCCCGAGAAGGACUUUCAGCAGUGUUGAACCGCAAGGGUGGAGGUAAUGCGGUGGGAUUAGUGAUUGGCGGGGCUGAGGAAGCCAUGGAGUCGCAUCCAGAUGUAUUUGCAUUAAAUCUCAAGAACCGCAAGGGAUUCAUUAAGCUGGCGUUGAGAACCGGCUCUUCGUUGGUUCCAGUUUACACGUUUGGUGAGACCGGGAUUUUUAAGCAGGUAAUGAUUUGGUUAUGUUUUCCUUGAUUUUUGGUCUAUUUUGAGAUGUUAUACUUAAGAUUUUGAAUCAAAAUGUAAACAAUUACCUUGAUUUUCACAAAAGUUACCAUUAGACUAGCAAAACGCUUAAAAUUACCCCACUUUUUGUGACAAAUCACCAAAAAUCGUAAAAAAUGCAGCAAAAAACAAAAAAAAAUCAUAAAAUUCAGCAGAUCCUGCCUUUUUGAUCUCCAUAAACGCCUUUAACACCAUUUUCGAUAGAAAAUCAUUCAAAGGUCAUUUUGCAAGUAAAUUCACGGUUCAAGAGAAUGUGAUUCCAGCUGAACAACAAGAAAGGAACACCACUCCGCGACUAUCAAUCACUGUUCAAGAAGCGGGUUGGCGUUAGUCCAGUCCUCUUCUACGGCGCCGGAAUGCUCAAAGAUACGUUCGGGAUGCUGCCGUUCCGCCAGAAAAUGAUCACCAUCAGUAAGGAUACCAAAAAUUUUGUCAUAUUUUAAAAAUUGAGCUUCAAAACUACAAACUUUGAUUUUUAAUAAGUUGUAGUAAGCACCGUAGAAGAAAAAAACCUAACUUUUAACUUUCAGUACCCCAAAAUCAAAAUAUUAUUCUUCCCCUUUCAGUUGGACCCCCUCUGCACGUAGACCAAGUCGAAGAACCUACCCAACAACAAAUUGACGAUCUCCAUGCAAUUUACGUCAAAAAGGUGCACCAGCUUUUCGACGACAACAAACAUGUUUAUAAUGUGCCCAAACACGUCAAACUCAAUAUCUACUGA